AUGAUCGUCGUGUUCGGCAGUUCGAACGCGUUCGGACGUGACGUGAGCGAGAUGGAAAUGAUGGUUCUGGCCGGCACAGUCUUUGUUAUCUCCGUUCUUCUUGUUCUUGUCUACAAGCUGGCGCGUGGAUGGGACGAUCUCGAUAAAGAUGAUUUUGGCGCCAGCAUGCUACCACUACUUGCGCCGCGUGCCACAAAUCGCUGGGUUAACAGCCGUAAGACGCAUUUUGGGCGCCUUGGCACCAUACCAGAAAAUGAAGUCUUUUCUUUUAGCUUAAAGAAGCGACAGACAUAA